AUUCACGACCGGGCACUAAAGAAAAUCGUGAGCAUCUUCCUGACGUUAAGAGCCCGGCACCGAAAGAAGCCGAAAAGGACCAGGAAAAGCAAGAGACCAAUUUACCUCCCAUAGCCGACAAGAAACAACCCAAACCUAAAACAACCGAAGCAGAAAAAGUUCAGAAACCGGAGACUGUAGAAGAAGGAAAAACUUUAACAGGACAAGUUGUUCAGAAGAACACCAAAGUAGAUAAAGUCUUAGAAUCUGCCUUUAAAAGAACUGUUGACCAGAACCUCACAAAGCAUCGUAAAAGGGACAAACAGACAGACAAACCUCAGGAACUUCCUCAUCUGCCAGUCAUCAAAGAGACCGCUGACUCUGAGGAGGUCAUAUUUAAAAGAUUCCAGUCUCUACGUAAGCGAGAACUCGCAUUUAAGAAAUUAUUCCACGCUAAAGAGGUCCACGUUUUUGAUCACAAUAUGCUACCAAGGAUAAACCCAAGCAAAUCCAAUCUCAUCUCGAGGUUAGAUCCGUACACAGUGGAACAGGGAGAGAAAGAAAUGAAAAGAAUCACCAGAUCUAUCCCAUCAAAUCCUGAUUCAGACCAUGGUUACAGAUACAGAAAGACAGCAGUAGACAUGAUGAAUCCCUGGGAUUUCCUGGAACUGGACAGUGUAGAAUCCUCCCGUAGAACAAUCCCGCGUUAUAGAGGAUCCCAAAAGCGCCGCCGGGAUUACCCAAACAGACCUGCACCCAAGGGCAGCACGUAUUUUCCCCAGUUCCCUAACGUUAACUAUCCGUACGUACAAGCAGAGAGUCCCACGCGUAUGUUUGAACUUGACGACGUGCCAAAAGUUAGAAAAGAGCUGAAAAAGAAAUGGAGUAAACGCUCACCUGAACGGGUCAAGAAGGAUUAUACCAAAACUAAAAACGACUUUUAUCGCAUGGAGCUUGACAAACUGAACGAAAUGCGCCCAACGUACAACCGACCCAGUAUGGUCAACACGUAUACUGCCUAUCUACAAAACACACCAGGAUCGAAGCAGGCCCUGGACGAAUGCAUCAGCGGAAUCGAAUCAAAACUUCUUCGAGAUGAGGCAAAUGUCAGUCUCUUGCCCAAACAUCCCGGCCGACCAUCACUGAAAAAGUCCCAUUCCACAAUGACCAGCGGGAGGAGUACCCGGCAGAGGGUCAUCAAGGUCGUAGACACGCCCAUGAAAGUCGUAGAAACGCCCACAGUUGAUGUACCAAGGUCUGCUCUGCAUUCUAGGCAAACGAUUGAAUCUGCUGGUUAAUUGAACUGUAUGUGGAAGCAUAAACAAUCUUUGUAUCAUCAUGGCCUGCUAAGAAUGUGUCACUUUUUACAGAAAGUGACACCAGAAAACACUAAUUAAUCAUUUCUGAGUAUUUGACGACUGCCUUUAAAACUUUUUAGACAGAACAUUGUAUAUAUUCAUUUCAUACGAGAUUAAAGCCUAUACAUGUAUAUCGUAUAAUUAUGCUUGU